AAAUCGCAUGUCGAAAAUGUCGGAGCGGGGGCUGAAAAAUGUCCUAUUUUCCCUUUUUAUUUCCUCGGGAAUGCUAGCUUUUUGCCGUGGUUCGGCUCAUGAGCAUGAGCUAAAUGUAGAGGUUCAAGAAAACGUGCAAGACAGCAAAAUGAAACAGUGCACAUUCUUUGGAAAAUAUCGCUUUUCGCGGCCAGAGAGUAGCUUGAUCAAUUGUACAUGGUACUCCUCCAAUGCAUGCUGUAAGAGGACAGAGGUCACAUCCGUCUUUGGUGGAAUGUACCCGCUGAGUGAUGCAACAAAAACAUGCAAGAACCAAAUGAAUUAUAUGAUGUGCUAUUUCUGCAGCCCACAUCAGUCCCAGUGGUAUGAAGAGCGAGGAAGGGCUCAGGUGUGCUCAGAGUACUGUCGCUCAGUUUUCACCGAGUGCAAAGAUGCUUCGUACAAGGGAAGAAAAAUAGGUGAAGAAUACAAAAGUGGCAAGGAUUUCUGUGAGAUUGGUCAAAAUUUCGAGGUAGUGGACAGGAGUACAGACUGUUUUGAUUAUGAUCCGAAUGUGUUUGACGGCUCGGGCCAUCCAGUCUCAACCAGUUUACUCUUAGUAUUCUGUUGUCUUUUGACUCUUGUUACGUCAUAUCAAUACGUGUGGCCUUCAUGAGGAAUGCUUUAGUCCCAUCCUUGGUGUAAACAUUUUCAACAGGGCACGUGCAAUAAAAUUUGGUAGCAUAUGUAUUUGGUUUGCAUAUGAUCUGGCAUCUCAACAAGAGAAGAGACCAAAAUCAUCAUUUCAUCUGUAAAUAAUGUUGCUGUAUUAUGUAUAAUGUAAUGCAGUGUUCAUUCUAUCCACAUCAACAGUUCAUGUCAAUCAAGGAUUGUAAAUGUAUACUGUGUGGACGUAAUAUAGCUCGAGCUGGUCACAUUUGUGCUUGUCUGAUUUACAUGGUCUGGGCGACAUCCUGACCUAAAAAGUGGGCUUAUUCCUUCUUUUAAAGAGCCGAAAAUGUGCCAUUUCUAUAAUUUAUGUGUUUAUGUAUGGUACAUAGAUUACUAAUUACAAUCAUUUCUGUGUAAUAUUUGACUGUGUACUGCAUUUUUGAUAUAAAUAAAUCAUGUCAUUUAUCAAUA